AUGGUGCGUGUCGCAAUAUGUGCCUUGGCAUUGUGCGCCAUUGGCACCAGAGCCCAGUUCUUGCCACCAGGAACCACAGAUGUUCCAAUUCCAAGGCCAGGAGAUUGUGGCCAAGUGGGCCCUGCAACAUAUGUUUAUAGAAUGUCACAGGAGAAGCCGAACGAUUAUUUCCCGGCAAUCUGUGCGGGCAUGGGUGGCGCAGAAGUUCGCUUUAACGACCCUUGCGCGUGGGCCCAUGGACAAGCUCAAAUGACCGGAGCCCAUUUUACGAACAUGUGCAAAGGUGCCACGCGCAUGAUUCACUGGCAUAACCAGGCUGAUGAGUGGGGCUUUGUUAGCAAAGGACGUCUCAUGACUUUUGUGGCCAGCCCGGACGGGCUGCCGUGGCCGAGCUCUACCAACAUUUUGGAACCACGUGGUGUGUGGUACUUCCCAUCCAGCUGGCUGCACGGACUUAUGUGUGUUACGCCAGAGGAAGAAGGUGGCUGCGAGUUCACCAUCGUGUUUGCAUCGCCUCAGGCUGCAGAACCCAACGGCCACAAUCUCGACACCACUUUGGCACAAGCGGACGAUGACGUGGCUGCUGCUGCCCUUGGACUUUCCCUGGCCACGUAUGAAGCUUCCAGACCUGCUUUUGGCAGAGCAGAGCAUUCUAUUCAUUACAGCAACAGCAAUAUGACAGCUCCCAUUGUAACAGCAGUGGCUCCUGGUGCAUGUGAUCCGGAGUGCCCACCAAUUCACGAGACUGUUGGGGCACCAGCAGCAGUCCAGUCCAUCGUAGAGCAGCGAGUGGAACUGCCGGGUGUGGCUGGAGUCACAUUGUACCGCAUCCGCACAGACCAGUUCCCUUUCUCUCGCACAAUGUCCCAAGAGCGUACCGAGCUGGCACCCGGGGCUGUCCGUCCCGUGGUUUGGACAACAGCGGACUCCUUCUUCAUGGUCGUGUCGGGCACAGUCACCGUUUCAAUGGAGGGUGGCAUCUUGGGCAAGGAGGCGCACCUGGCGUUUACGAACGAGACCCUGAAGGCCGGUGACGCUGCAUACUUCCCCAAUGGGCGUGCUUACUGGUUCCGGGAGGCGACCGGAAAGGCUUCUGCAGAAACCAUCAAUGUGUUCAACGUCGGCAUCUGGAAAAGCAUUGAGUUGGGUCACGCCAUCUCCGAGAUGCCCAAUAUUGUGGUGAUGUCCAACCUCCACCAAGCACACUUUGCGAAGCCCGUCCACAUCUGA